CCUAAGGGUGACAAUUGCCCGAUGUCGAAAACUCGUUUAGGUGUUUAUGUGAUUUUGUUCUUCGUCGGUAUCGUGAUUUUAUGCCGUAGAGAAGGCAACAACAAAGCAAAGAUGGGACUCCUGCUGGCCAUUACGACGAUGUUCGUCAUGGCAAGUUUUUGUUUUUGGAGUAACAUGGCCAUUUUCAUGGCUGGCAUUCAAGAUAUUCUCGUCAACGACGUUGGACAGCCUCUCGCCAGUAAACAUGCGGUGUAUGCCCAGAAAUACAAACAUCUGGCCAGUGUGUUAACUGUCAUUGUUCCCUUCGAGAUCGUAAUCGGGGAUACGAUUGUAUUCUGGAGGACUUGGGCGCUGUGUGUGAUCAAUCGGAAACUUAUUUAUAUUCCUUUAUUGCUACUCGUUGGAACGACAAUGUGUUCAUUUGCGUUUUUGGGGUGUUACGUGCUCUACGACUGGCCCCUCAUCAACCCGGGAACGUGCAAUUCGAUUCAGAUCACUGCCUAUAGUCUAUCGAUGGCCACCAACAUCGCCGGGACCAUUGUAAUUGGCUACAAUUUCUGGUGCUACCGCCAAGCCGUUGCGAGAUAUCUCAGGAAAUGUGAACACCAAGUUCGGACUGAGAAAAUCUUUGUUCUGCUUCUUGAAUCCGGUGUUAUUUAUUCGAUACUCUGGAUUGUGCAGCUUGUUCUGGGACUUGUAUCUCCUCCGCCAACCUUGGCUGGUGAAGUAGUUCAACAAAUUUUCACCGCCGCUAGUAUCCAGUUGGUGGGUAUAUAUCCGACGCUGUUGAUAAUCCUUGUAUAUCUCCAACGCUCGUUAUGGGACUCAUCUGGGAGAUCCAAGGCAUUCGUCGCGACUUGCAAUUCUAACGACCUAAAACGUGGCAGUACAUUGGUAGAAGACUCGGCGUCAUAGAUUCCUUGUUUUUUUCGGGGCAAUGAUUUAUUUUUGUCCGUGUAUCCUUCGCUCAGUGCCCUUGUUAUGAUGUAAAAAAAUAGUACGCCGGAUGUAGCGACAUAUCUAUUUUGAAACACUCAUUCAGCUGUCGCGGCG